UUGUGCUGAUAUCACAAUGAUCUACGUUGAGCUACAAUAACAAAAUGUUAAUAUUUUAAGUAUUUAAGUAAUGUAAGUAAGGACAAAAUUAAGAAAAUAAAUUUAUUGUAGCUAACUGAUAACAAUUUGAUUUAAUAACCUAUGUUAUUAAAAUAUUUGCAUCAACGCACACAAGCACCAACACGUGCAUGCACACAGAUCAAAGUCUCUGUCAUAAAUUUGUUUAAUUGCCCGGCGUGCACAGCUAAUUAUAGAAAUGAGAAACUGGACUUACUUUAUAUCGCACAGCAAAGUAAAGAUUGAGUACGACUUACAAUUUAAUACAAGAAACUAGGAAACAACAAGAAAACCAGAAGAAGAGACAGACACACUGGUAGUGAAUGAAGAAUGAAGUGCUGGGGGAACAUGAGGAGGUCAGACUGGGUCUUCCCCACUGCCAUACUCUCUCUUUAUGGUUUCUUUGCUAACUGCAGACCGGCAGAGCCAUUUCUAACACCUUACUUGGUGGGACCCAAAAACAUCUCAGAGGAAGUGGUAACAAACUACUUGUUUCCCAUUUGGACAUACUCAUAUCUCUCCCUUCUCUGUCCAGUAUUCCUAUUAACAGACUUCCUGAGAUAUAAACCUAUAAUAAUAACUCAAGGUCUCUUUCUAAUCAUAAAUUACACCAUUCUUUGCUUUGCUCAAAGUUUGACCGCCAUGACCUACCUGCAGUUCAACUUUGCAAUGGUCACCUCUACAGAGGUUGGGUACUUUUCAUAUAUCUAUAGCGUCAUACCUCCUGAACGCUACCAACAAGCCACGGGAUAUGUCCGUAGUGCUAUGCUGAUCGGCUAUACGUUUGGAGCCACGUUAGGGCAGCUGCUAAUAUCAUUAGCCGAUACAAGCUACUUUCAUGUAAACACGAUCACUUUAGGUCUAAUGGGGGUGGCUUUUCUUAUCUCUUUGGGCCUGCCAAUGCCCCAGCAUGGGAUGUUUUUUAAAAAUGGGACAGGGGUGUCUGCGAACCCUUUGGAAGAGGCAUGCGAGGGGAAAGAUCUUAGAAAAGAGGCCAAAGGAAGAUGCUGCGCUUGGGGAAACUUUAAACGUUCUGGAAAGCAAAUGUGGGAGAGUCUUCGAGAAUCCUACUCUUCGAUAAAGAUGCUGCAGUGGUGCCUCUGGUGGUCCCUGGCUACAGCUGGAUACGGGCAGGUCUUCAACUAUGUCCAGCUAAUGUGGGACCACAUCGAGCCGUCCAGUACAUCAUCUGUGUAUAAUGGUGGAGUGGAGGCGGUUUGCACACUUGUAGGUGCAGCUGCAGCCUUCUCGGUGGGCCACUUAAAAGUACAGUGGGGUGUGUGGGGCGAGCUCUCCCUGGGUGUAUUCUCUGCUAUAGGAGCAGGAUGUGUCUUUCUAAUGGGCCUCACCAACAAUAUUUGGCUAUGUUACACUGGCUAUGCUAUCUUCAAAGCCUCGUACAUGUUUCUCAUCACAAUUACAAUGUUUCAGAUAGCAGUUAAUCUCUCUAUGGAGUGUUACGCUUUAACCUUUGGCAUAAACACUUUUGCUGCCCUUACCCUACAAACAAUACUUACUGCUAUUGUGGUCGACAAUACAGUACUGGGACUGGGCAUUGAAACACAGUUUCUCGUAUAUGGAGGUUACUACAGCUUCAUCUCAGUCAUCUUCCUAAUUCAAGGAGUGAACACCGUUUGUAAACGCUACCGCAUGUCUGUAGCGACUCUAGCGAGACCAAAUAACGACCGACCACCUCAGGAAAAUCUGGAAGAGUGUGUAACAGAUUUGGACAAUAUCAAAGAGGAUCAAUGACACCAUCAAGACAUAUAAAAGAGCAUUCAGUACCAUAAUGUUGAACUGAUAUUACACAUCACAUGAACUUUUAUUAUGUAGUAAUAAUAAUAAUAAUUUAUUCCAAUAACGUAUUUAUAACGAAACAGAACGAAUAAUAUUUACGCCUGUCAUGCCACAAAAUCAACAAUCAUGAGCUUAAUCCUAUAUACAUAUAAUUAAACACGUAAACAUAAGUACUUUGCUCACUGCUGUUACACAAAUAACAGACCGCUGUGAACUGUAAUAUGACACCGGAAGUUAUUCAAGCGUGUCGUUGUGAAUAGCGGAAGUGAUGUCAAGCCUGCAGUGUAAAGUGGGAAUUGCAGUAGAAUAACCUUUUCUUAGGCACUGGCAUUAUUUACAUUUUUGCAUACAGUCAAAUUUGAGCUGUAUGCAAAUACAUGAAAUUGUGAAGUUUUUGACUAAGCAAACCUUAUUACAAUUAUGUUACGUUGUGUACAGUUAUGUAGCGUACAAACACCACACAAAAAAUAUUAGGCAAAAACAAGUACUUGUAUUUUCAUAGAUGACUAUUUUUAUGAAAAAAGAAAAAAACGUAAUAAAGUUAAAUAUGUAACAAUAAAUUAUUUAUGCUUUCUCUCUUAUUUUUUAAAUGGUUUAUUUAUUAACUGAUUACAGUACAUUGUCUCUUUAUAAACUAAAAUAUUGUUUUAUAUUUUUUUUAGAUUUCGUGGCCCUAACCCUCACUUUGUUUCACUUUGUAUAAUCAUUACUAAUGUUUCAGAAUGCCCAUCCGUGAA